CAUUUCAUUAUGGUCUAAUCUCUCUCUUCAAUUUCUCUUCCUCUACAAAGAGAACUGAAACAUCUAAAAAUCCCGUUUUCAAAACUAUAUUGAUUUAUGCUUAUUUUGUUUAAAAUAUUUAAUAAAUUAAUCACUUAAUUAAUCCCUUCAAAUCUUCCGGCCCGCCACCACCUCACGAGGUCUAAAUUCUCUGUUACAAGCAAUCUCUUACUCUUUCUCUCUCUUUUGCGCUGUGUACACGAAGAAACCAUUCUUUGUCCCUAUUUACAACAAAUCUCACGUGAAAUUCCUUUCUUCGUCCUUAUCUCCCCUCUUCUCUACAUCACCCUCUUGACCCUCUUCUUGUUUUCGAUCAAUUUCGUCAAUUUCAUUUUCUUUUUCUACAGUUUCUAUUUCUUUCUUUAGCUUCAAAGUUGCUUCAAUGGCGGCUGAGAUCUCUACUAAUGGACAGCAACCCAUUUAUCUCCAUGGCGACUUGGACUUGUACAUUAUUCAAGCUCGAAGUUUGCCUAACAUGGAUAUAGUCUCUACACGGAUUCGUAGUUGUUUUACUGCUUGUACUCCCCAGUCAAACACCUCCGCCGCUGCUACCACCACUACCGACGACGAAGAGACUGGCAAUGAAGACGAUAAAAUUCAUCAUCACCGUAAUAUAGUCACUAGUGACCCUUAUGUCACUGUCGUUGUUCCUCAAGCUACUGUUGCGCGAAGUCGUGUAAUUAAGAACGCAAAAAACCCUAAGUGGAAACAGCGGUUUUAUAUUCCUCUAGCUCAUCCUCUAAUUGACCUUGAAUUUCAUGUUAAAGAUAAUGAUCUUUUUGGAGCAGAGCUUAUAGGAAUUGUGAAGAUCCCGGCGAGAAGAAUCGUCACCGGGGAGUUCAUUGACGAGUGGUUUCCUAUAAUUAGUUCUUCCGGUAAGCCGCCGAAGCCAGACACUGCACUUCAUCUAGAAAUGAAAUUUACGCCGUGUGAGAAGAAUCCGUUGUACUGGCAUGGCAUUGCCGGCGACCCUGAACACCGGGGAGUGACGAAUACUUACUUUCCUUUGAGGAAAGGAAGUAAAGUGACGAUGUAUCAAGAUGCCCAUGUGCUUGAUAAUGAGUUACCUGAGAUUAGAAUUGAUGAUGGGAAGGUUUUCAAGCAACAGAAAUGUUGGGAAGAUAUUUGUUAUGCUAUUUCAGAAGCUCACCAUUUGAUUUACAUUGUGGGUUGGUCUGUUUUUUAUAAGAUUAAGUUGGUUAGAGAACCCACUAGGCCAUUGCCUCGAGGUGGGGAUCUAACACUUGGUGAAUUGCUUAAAUAUAAGUCCGAGGAAGGAGUUAGGGUUUUGUUGCUGAUUUGGGAUGAUAAGACCUCACAUGAUAAGUUUGGUAUUAGUACGGCAGGAUUGAUGCAGACGCAUGACGAAGAAACCCGGAAGUUUUUCAAACAUUCAUCUGUCAUUUGUGUGUUGGCGCCUCGCUAUGGCAGCAGUAAACUUGGUUUUUUGAAACAACAGAUUGUUGGGACUGCCUUUACACAUCACCAAAAAUGUGUUCUUGUGGACACACAGGCUUUUGGUAAUAAUAGGAAGAUAACUGCAUUUUUAGGCGGUAUUGAUCUUUGCGAUGGACGAUAUGAUACUCCUGAGCAUCGACUGUUUCGUGACCUUGACACUGUAUUCAAAGAGGAUUUCCAUAAUCCAACAUUUCCUGCUGGGACCAAAGCACCAAGACAACCAUGGCAUGACUUGCACUGCAGAAUUGAUGGGCCGGCGGUGUACGAUGUUCUUAUAAACUUUGAACAGCGAUGGAGAAAAGCAACAAAGUGGACCGAGUUUGGACUGCGUUUCAAAAGGGUAUCCCAUUGGCAUGAUGAUGCACUGUUAAAGAUAGAAAGGAUUUCAUGGAUAUUAAGUCCUCCCUUUACUGUAAAGGACGGUAUGACUGUAGUUCCACCAGAUGACCCUAUAGUACAUGUUUCCAAUGAAGAAGAUCCUGAAAACUGGCAUGUCCAGAUUUUUCGCUCUAUUGAUAGCGGGUCAUUAAAAGGAUUUCCUAAAAGUGUUCAUCAAUGUCAGGCUCAGAACCUCAUCACAGCUAAAGAUCAGGUAAUAGAAAGGAGCAUUCAAACUGCAUACAUCCAGGCAAUCAGAUCUGCUCAGCAUUACAUAUACAUUGAAAAUCAGUAUUUUCUUGGAUCAUCAUAUGCAUGGCCAUCAUAUAAAAAUGCAGGAGUUGAUAAUCUGAUCCCAAUGGAGUUGGCAUUAAAGGUUGCCAGUAAAAUUAGAGCUAAUGAAAGAUUUGCAGUGUAUAUUGUGCUGCCAAUGUGGCCUGAGGGUGAUCCAAAGUCUGAGACAAUGCAAGAAAUUCUCUAUUGGCAGAGCCAGACAAUGCAAAUGAUGUACAGUAUAGUAGCAAAUGAAAUUGAAUCAAUGCAACUUGUAGAUUCACAUCCUAGAGAUUACCUUAAUUUCUAUUGCCUUGGUAAACGGGAAGAAAAUGCCCAGCAGACAGGGAGCACCAAUGGUGAAGUGGUAUCCGAUUCCCAAAAAUUUCAGCGGUUCAUGAUUUAUGUCCAUGCAAAGGGAAUGAUUGUGGAUGACGAGUAUGCCAUUAUCGGAUCUGCCAAUAUUAACCAGAGAUCCAUGGCUGGUUCAAAAGACACGGAGAUAGCUAUGGGUGCAUAUCAACCCCAUUACACAUGGGCUGCGAAGAAAAAGCAUCCACAUGGGCAGGUAUAUGGACAUAGAAUGUCACUGUGGGCUGAGCAUCUUGGCGGGGUCCAGGAAUUGUUCAUGGAACCUGAGAGUUUGGAAUGUGUGAGGACAGUAAAUAAAAUUGCUGAAGACAACUGGAAGAAAUUCACAGAUCCCGAUUUCAAAGUAUUGCAGGGCCAUCUUCUCAGGUAUCCUCUGGAAGUCGAUGCUCGUGGGAAAGUAGGUGCUUUACCUGGAUUCGAGAACUUCCCAGAUGUUGGGGGUAAGGUAAUUGGAGCUCAUUCCCUGAAAGUUCCUGAUAUUUUAACGACAUGAUUUCCUCUCCCCUUGCAUUCAUGUGUGUGUGUUUGUGUGUGUGUGUCUGUAUAAAUAUAUAUAUAUAUAUAUAUAUAUAUAUAUGGAGGAGUACAGUAUAUUGCUGGAUUUUGUUCUGGCAGAUACGAAGAACUGUAUGUAAUAGUUUGAUGUUUUUGUUUGUUCAAUUUCCAAGAGUAAUAUGUGCUUGUAACUUUGUGAUGUCUUUUUAUUGUACAAAGUGCAAGAAGGAUGACGUAAAAAUUGGUCUAUUGUAGUUGUGCAAACUGUAAAGUGUUACAAGGAUGUUUUUUCUCAGGACUA